AUGGUGACAGCCUGGAGGAGCCUGGAGGAGGUCAACGGUGACAGCCUGGAGGAGCCUGGAGGAGCCUGGAGGAGGUCAAUGGUGACAGCCUGGAGGAGCCUGGAGGAGGUCAAUGGUGACAGCCUGGAGGAGCCUGGAGGAGGUCAAUGGCUCCAUCCAGCCGUGUUGCAGAGGGCUGCCUGUUCCCAGAGACCCUCAGAGCUCCAGGACUCCCAGUCUCUCUGCCACCUGCAGCCCAGAAACAGCAGCCCGGACACGGAUGCACACACUCGCCUGCUCCCCUCACCCUCUGGAGCUCCAACGCCUCCAACAAUCGGCAUCAUGUCGGCGUGCGUCGGCGUGUGUUUCUGUCUGUGUCUGCUGCUGUUUACGGACGCCAAAAGUGUCGGGAAACACGCCACGGACGAACCGUCCUCGCUGGUCCAAAAACAGAAACCCGUUUGGAUCCCGAAGCAGCACCGCGGCGCCCCCGAGAUGCUAGAUCUGGACGCGGAGUUGACGCGGCAACGCCCACGCCGCGGCGCCGAAGACGAGGAGCAGCAGUCCACAUUCGGCCAGUCCUUCGAGAACGACUCCGUGACCACGCCACGGGCCACCGAGUUCGCCAACGGCACAAAAGUGGGCGCGGCCGACAACGGCGAUCUCAACCGAGGUGACGGCGAUGUCGGAGGAAACGCCUCCAGCGCCGGAAACGACCACGUUGGCGCCCCGGGACUCUUCAACCCGUUCUAUCCGCUGGAGGAGAGCUCGUACGCUGCCUACGCCGUGCUGUUCCUGGGCGGGUUAGUGCUCGCCGUGGGCGUGGUCGGGAACAUGGCGCUCAUGUGCAUCGUCUGGAACAACUACUACAUGCGCUCGGCGUGGAACUACCUGCUGGCCAGCAUGGCCUUCUGGGACUUCCUGGUGCUGGUGCUCUGCCUGCCCGUGGUCAUCCUCAACCAGCUCUCCCAUAGGAGGAUCCUCGGUGACAUCACCUGCCGCAUGGUGCCGUAUAUGGAGGCCGUGUCUCUGGGCAUCACCUCCUUCACGCUGUGCGCUCUGGGCAUCGACCGGUUCCUGGCGGCCACGUCCUCGGCCCAGCCCAAGGCGCGGCGCGUGGAGCGCUGCCACGCCGUGCUGCUGAAGAUGCUGCUGGUGUGGCUGGCCGCGCUGCUGCUGUCCAGCCCCGAGCUCUUCCUCUGGACGCUCAGCCAGAGCGUCUCGCCCACCAGCGGCCGGCUGUUCGAUUCCUGCAUCAUCACACCGGCAUCGCCGCUCUCGCUGCUGCUGCCAGACUCGCUGCACUCACUGCUGCUCCGCUACCACCAGGGCCGUAUGUGGUGGUGUUUCGGCUGCUACUUCUGCCUGCCGGUCCUCUUCACCGUGCUGUGCCAGAUCGCCACGCGCAACGUCAACAGCGACUCCAGCUCCGCCCAAAAGCAGCGUAACCACGACGACGCCCCCCCCAGCCAGCACCAGGUGGUGGAGCGGCAGCUGAACUGCACGCUGCUGGCGCUGGCCGUGGUCUACGCCGUGUGCGCGCUGCCCGAACACGUGUGCAACAUCACGCUGGCCUACACGCACGCCAGCGUCUCCGAGGACACGGCCGCCAUGCUGGCGCUGCUGCAUCACUUCCUGUUGUUCUUCAAGUCCUCGGUUACGCCCGUGCUGCUGCUGUACCUCUGCAAGAGUCUGGGCCAGGCCUUCAUGGACUGCUGCUGCUGCUGCUGUCAGGAGUGUCAGCCAACCGCGGCUCACGGCUCGCCAGGCUCCGCCCACGUCAAACUGAAGACCGCCAACGAGACGUCCAUCUUCUUCGACAAGGCUAAAGACACGUCGGCCAUCUUGGCGAUCUCCAGCUAGACUCACCAGUCCCUCUUUAACCAUCAAUCACUCAUCUUCCUCCUCCAUACAUCAACACGUCUACACUGUAGCGUUC